AUGAAGAUCGCCAUUCGACACCUACUCUUAGUAUUUUUGUCCUUGAUAGCCUCCGGUGCUUCCUUAGAUGACUUGCCACGAGUUACCAGGGAUUUUCUUUCUCGUUGUACUGGUACCACUGGCGGCGGCGUUACUACCCCACAAGACAUGGAUGGCAUAGAUUUGCAGGCAAAAUCUCCCACACUUCAAGGGACAGCUAAGGAGAUCGAUUUCAGCUCGAAUCUUACCAGUAGCCCUUACGGAGCUCGACAAAGAGGUGAUUUGCCAAGCUACAGUCCCCCGUUGCCCCCAGCUGAAUAUAAGGAGAAAGAUUCAUUCCCUGGUUAUCUUAUCGGGGAGGUUCCAAGGGGAUCGAGGCUUGUGCCUUCUAAAGCGCACAUCCGAAUCGCAGCAACUAGAAGAAAAAGAGAAGACAAAUGUUUUGUGCAAUCUGAGAUCUACCCUGAGGCCAAAAAACAGCUCAGAACGCUUGAUUUGUUGAAGGGAUUCGGACAGUAUACCCCGCCAGACCCCUCAGCCAGCCUUGAUGAGGUGUCAAGACAGGCUGGUUCCUUUCAUAGGGUGGCAGAAACUGAUGCGACUCAAUUUCAGAUAGAUAAUGAAAUAAACGUUGUUCCGAUUAAUCCUGUUCGUACAAACCAAGAACUCAUGAAGGCCCUUGAAAAUCAAAUCAAAAUCCCAGCUUUCAAAAGGACCCGAAAAGAUAAAACCUCUGUGCGAUCUUCAUUGUGUUCAACGUUCAACACGUAUCAAGACUUUGAUUUCCCUAGCAGAUCAGUCAGGGGUUCUACCUCAGAGAAGUUGGGGCUCAUACCAUUAAUGAACGGGCAGGAACCUGCUUCCCAUCAAAAAGACACUUUAAUUCGAGAAACCGACAGAAACCGACAAAUCCAUAGUCCUCUCGAAAGUACUGGAAACUUGAAAGCCAGUCCAACAACCACUGAUGAAUUAGCUCCUUAUCAAGUUGAGAUCGGUGUUGAAACCCUCAAAAAUCCCAGCAAAAUCAAUGCCCUCACCAGUCAAGCUGCAAGUACUCGCGAUGAUCGGUUUCUAAGGCUUGAAUUUACUCUACAAGUACCCUACAAUGAACCCUAG